UCGAAUCUUGAGCGAUUUCCUGUCGACUACAGCAUUCGCGAAAAAACAAAAUUUCUUGCUGUGCUCCAGUGCAAUUUUUACUUUUUCUUCCUCGUUUUACGUGAUUUUCUUUAAAAAAUUGUGUGAGAAAUCGUGUACUUCUACCCCACCUUUAACAGUACAUUGUGAAAAUCCCAGUAAAAAUCUUUGAGUAUGGCGCAACGUACAGUAGCACCAGGAAGUCGUGAGGCGCCAGAUCCUCACGAUCAAUUGUUGGCGACAUUGGGCUACUACAGGAAGCACACCGGUCGGGAUUCAUCCAGUCUGUUCCGGGUGAUCUCGGAGCAGCUCUUCGAUACGCAGAAACAUCACUGGCAUGUGAGGGAGGAAUGUGUGGCCUUUAUGAGGCGUCAUAGAGAUUUCUAUAGCCAAUUUGUUGAAGGAGAUUUCGACAACCAUUUAAUGGAUUUGUCCAAGGCUCGAACUUUUGGCGGUAUCCUGGAAUUGCAAGCUCUGGCAGCUCGCUACAAGCGGAACGUAUACUUAUUUGAGCCGUGCGAGGAUAAUACCCAUGUAAAAGAAGAAUAUCUGGAUUACAAUCCUGAAUUUAAAAAGGAUUUCAAAAUAUUCUUCAUUGCUGAUAAUCAUUUUGAUACCGUCUACCACACAGACUACAUGGAGAAUUUGGCUUUUUGUCAGGCAUUGGCCUAUGAAGUUCUCUAUCGGGGUGUAUUUAAGUUACCCGAUGUCAAUUAUGCAGUUGAGAUAAUGCUACAUGAUCCUCAAGGUCUCACCACAAAAAUCACCGAGGAUCCAUUGGGCAAAAUGUGUGGUGAAUGUAGUGAGAUGGGGGACUUUCGACAGUUCUACUGUGACAAAUCGGACAAUACUAAGUGUGUUCUUAAUAAUCGUAAUUUGUGCAACUUUCACAAUCCAGAUUUUGAUGAUUUUGUGGCAAGGGUGAAGAAAGAAGAGAAGACCCAGGAAACAUCCAAAUCACGCACUCUUGCCUCAACGUUGCCUAUGAAAGAUUUAUCGUGUGUCUUGCAGCUACUCAAUGCACAAAUAACGCCCUUUCCUUACAAAGUGGCAAAGUCCCUUGAUCCAUAUAUCUAUCGCAAUGUGGAUUUUGAUGUGUGGGCUGAUAUGCGUAAGGAACAACGUUUGCGCAGGAGCGAGCGUAUCCUUAGAGUGGGCAUGCGUUGCUCAGUGAGGUUGCGCAAGUCACAAGAUCAGUUGUACAAUUGCUGCAUCAGAGAUAUCAUGGAUAAUGGACUAUGUGAGGUAUUGGUGGAUGAACUUGGGGAGUAUCAUCGUGUUCCCAUUUGCCAACUUCAACCUCACAAUGUGGCUCAAUUUAAGCCAUGUAUGAUGCCGCUUAAGUAUCCAAGACCUCAGAAUGAUAAGCGCAAUGGCAAUGAUGAUGCCAUGAACAGAGCUACAGUUAAUAAUCUGGUCAAAUACACGAAAAUGGGCGAAAUGAAACCCUAUCCAAUUGAAAUGGUGGCAAUGCCAUCAUUGAUCGGUGGUCACUCUGGGGGGAAAGACAAUGACGAUCAGAAGAAUUUUGAACAAAAUAAGAAAAAUGAUGAAAAAUUUCCAAACGUUGACUACGACGAGAUGACCAAACACAACACACUGGAAGAUGAAUAUCUGUAUUGCCAAGAGGUUCCACCACCUUGCCCAAUAAAUCCACCAAUUUUCUACAAUUACGAUCCCAUGAGUGGAAUGUAUAUGAUGCCAUCGCAGUAUGGAGUUCAGAUGCAACCUUAUGGGAAUUUCCAGAUGGUACCUCCUAUGGUGCCAAUGCAACCCUGUGCAGUGCCAAUAUAUCAGGCAACAUCAUCGGCUUCGACAUUUUCGGUUUCUCCACCAAAUCUUCCACCAGUUUCACCCUCUUCGAUGUCCCAGGGCAGCAUGGUGGGCAAUACAGCAAUACGUCACGAUGGUUCAGUGUACUUCUCACAGGUCAACUAUGAUGCAGCGUAUAGCAUUGUUCCAAAUGGCAGUGAUCUUCCACUAUUCGACCUCCCAACCGUUCAAUUUUUUUACAACUUGGGAGUUGAGUAUUUUUCAUGGUUGAGAGGACAUUACGGGCUAUCAGGAGCCAUAUCGGGCAUCCGUGAGAGUCAGAAUCUUCCAUUGCUGAAUUUUGUGACAGAUUUUGAAGAAGAUCGUGAAAGUGGGCGUCAAGUUGUGCCCAAUAUCAAAGUUGAAGAUGAAUCUCAAGAAAGUCCAGAAAUACAGCACAAUUCAGCAGGAUUGUGUCACGUUAACCCGAGUCCACAGCAAAGGGUGCAACAGCAGCAGCAGCAGCAGCAGCAGCAGCAACACCAAGAUCCUUAUCAACCAAAUACACCACAAUCUCAUCAUUCUGCAGGAAAGCAGAAUCACAAUAAUGGAAAUCAUUCUGGGCAAUCUUCCGGUGGUGGUCGUAACAAUCAGCAGCGUGGUAAUCGUAAGGAUCAUACUUCCAAGAAUUCGCUGAAGAAGCACAAUCAAUACCAUGGGAAACACCAGAGUGAUGCUCAUGGAAAGAAUGGUGGUCAAAUUAGAGAUUCCAGUGAUGCUGGACAUAAAGCAGAGAUGGUCUCACCUUCUGCCAAUACAUAUUUUGACCUUUCACCUGGAAUCGGGACGCGUUUUGACGGAGAUUUUUGUGAAACAAUGUAUGCUGUUCCACCACCAUAUUAUGGUCCUCUUGAUGGAGAACCUUCAUCUUCCAACGUGAAUCAUUAUGCUGUCCAUCAACCAUACUACAAUUCUUCCCAAGGAUUGGCAAUGCCGAUGUAUUCCUUCAUGCCAGCAACGACUUACCAGCAACCACCUACUCCGACAACAACGAUGGCUGCUCCUCCGAUGCCGAUAGCGGCACCCUGUCUUGGCCCUGAUCUGACCACAAUGCCACCCCCAAUGUUCAACCAAGCACCUCCUAGGGGAGUGAACAAUGGCAAUGGGAUGGAGAUGGGCAACUUCUUAAACCACAACGGAUCAACGGCUGUUGGAGGUGGUGGGAGUGCUGCUGGGGGGGCUGCAGCAGGAGGUGGGAAUGGGGUUGGUGGUGGUAUAGGCGGAAGUGGUGGCCAGAGGGGCAAUGAGAAUACAUCUUCUGUUCCCUAUUACUUCAUUCCACAUCCAAACUCAUACCAACUUCAACCAGCACCCCCAAUCAUAAAUGCUACUACCCCCAAUCGAACCCCGGCCAAUUGGUGUCAAUACUCAUCUCGUCCACCACCCCCAAUGCCACCCUCUACAACGGUGGUAUCUCACAAUGGUAACAUAACUAGUGGAAUGUACUCUCCAAAUACCGAUAUUCCACACUAAAUCCCUAUUCUCUUAUGAUUUUUUUUUAGAUUAUCCCUUUUCUUAUCUUAAAGUUCGAUUUAUAGAUUAUAUUUUAUUUACUCUUUAUACGAUUAUUUCUCUUUGCUUUUGGGUGGUAGACUGAGUAAUGCAAAAGAAAGAAGCUAGUUUAUUUCUGGGCUCUCUUUUCUUAAAACUUAUAAUAGUGGGAUUUAUAUUCUUUGUUUUUUUUUAUAAUACAAAAUGGGGCAUAUCCUAUUUCUAUGUAUAAGUUUAUUUGGGAAAAAGGAGUCUUUUCUACAAGAAAGCUUCAUAUUCUCAUGGGAUAUAUAGUAAUAUUAAAAAUAAUAAUAAAAAGGUGUUAAACGCAA